GAAUUUUAGCAUCAUGACGGAUUCUCUGAAGUUUGGUCCAGAAUGGUUACGCAAUUUAGCGGGAGAUGGCUGUAAUUCCGGUGGAGGAGGCGCAAGUCUCACAACUCCCCGGUAUCAGUUGGCGGAACAUAGGUACGGUAGAGAGGAGAUGCUUGCUCUAUUCGACCGUAACUAUAAACCACCAGAGCCAUUGAUCAGCUUUGCAGGACUUUACGUCCCAAAAACUCAGUUACCACUGGCUCUCAUUCAAAUGACAGAGGAAGAAACACGUUUGUGGAAUGGUGGAGUAUCUGUUAGCACUGGUAGGGGAAGAGGUGGAAGUGUUGAUCGGGGAGGACGAAGUAGAAGUGGAAGAACUUAUCGUGGAGCUGGCUUUGAUGAUUUGGGUGACAGUCCUAGAAAUGAGUCACAACCAUUUCCAGCACGAACCAGAGCAUUUGAUAGGCCUCCAGCUGAUCGUAGCUGGUCAGAAAGAAAUGGGGCUGUAGAUUCAGUAGAGUGGAAUGGAUCUACUAGUCCUAGAAAAGAAUUAAGUCGUGGUGCUAGUGGUGGUUCCCUUAUGGAAAGUAAUUGGAGGCGUCAUCGAGGGGGGGGAGAAGACGAAGAUGGAUGGCGUAUGAAUUCAAGAGAAAAUAGAGGUUUAGGAAAGGGCAGUUGGCGUGAUGCUGAUAAAGACAGAGCUGAUGGGGAUGACGAUAAGAGAGGAGAGCGUUGGGAUCAUAAAGGGGGUAACAGAGCUUUUGAUCCUCAUCCACCACCAUUGCGCAGAAAUCGUUCAAAUCACCAUGAUAACCAUGACAAUCUGCCAGAAUGGGCAACUGAAAACCCAAGUGAGAGUGGCGGUAGUUUUGAUGCGUCUGGUGCAUUCCACGGCAUGUAUUCGGAUGACGAUGAGGAUCACCCAGGUGAUAAGUCUUACCAGGAGCGCAAACGAGGCUCACGAGUGCGUCGCGUUUCCGAAGGGAACGCGCCGCACUCAAAGAAUGGCGUUAAGUCGUCACCUGCUUCUGGUGGGAACAUUCGCUCGACCAAGGCUGAACGUUCAUUGAAUGGUGAACGACCUAAGUCUGUGUACUCCUCUGAGUCGAAGGACCAGUAUACAUCGGCCGAAAAGGAGUCUAGACGUAGUCUGUCACCGAUCAGUUCACCGCCGGUACCCAGUAGCCCAGCUCCCAAAAAGACUCAAGCAACAACCAACAAUGCUGGCAGUGGUGGUGGCAGCAAGACAAGUGCGAGUGUAGCUGAAUCGAAAAAGAAGGAGAAGGCAUUGAAGCAGGAAAAACAACAGAAAGAGCAAGCUCAAACCAAUGCUUCUAAGGCCAAAUCGAAAGUUGAAAGUCCAAAAAAAGUGGCAGAGUCAAAGGCAAAAGCAGAAACCCAAUCUUCUACUUUCUCGGAGGUACCAGAUGAGGCUGAUCCUGAGCAAGCAAGCAAUAUGAUAGAGAUGGCUAAGCGAGAACAGGAGAUAUACAGGCGACUGCAAGAGGUGUUCCAAAUGAAGCAAGAUCUUCAGCAGCAAUCUCCUCAACAACAGAAACAGCUACAGCAUCAACCAUCUCAAUCAGUUCCAACAAGCGCGGAUUCGAGUAUUAUUGAGGGGCCAACAGAGGAUAAGCAGAGAUCAACAGAGGCGGAUCAUCUGAACAGGAUGGAGGAAGAGGUUGCGAAGCUCAUAGAUAGUGCCGGUCUCGGGGAUGAAAAACCGCCUAUGAGUGUGCCACCGCCAGUUUUGCCUAAGUCUGCGGCUACCUCAUCGGUAGUAGUCAAUCAGGGUGUGAUCGACCCUGCAGUGGCGACUGUUAUGCAGAGCACCACCAUCGUGCAGGAAAAGUGGUACUACAGGGAUCCUCAGGGAGAAGUUCAAGGACCUUUUCUUGCCAGCGAGAUGGCUGAGUGGCAUAAGCAAGGCUACUUUGCACCUAAUUUAUUAGUGAGGAGAACUUGUGACGAGCGGUAUACAACCUUAGGGGAUCUCGUUAAUCUUUGCGGCACGGUACCGUUCAAGCCUGGUGCCAAUUUCCCCCCACUCAAGUUGACAGAUACGAUUCUACCAAGUAUGGCAAGCACCUUACCAACUGGUCUACCGGUCACCAGCGCUCUGCCUAAGCCUGCGAAUCAGUUGGAUCCGCUGAUGCUCUAUCAAAUUGAGCAGUACCGGAUGCUUCAGAAUCAGCAUAUGUUCCUGAAACAACUGCGGGCAAGUGCCAUCAAUAAGCUAUCGCAGAGUGAGCAGUGGUCGAGUCUCACUCCGGUCGAGCAGAAUCAAUUGGUGCUACAAUACGUUAGAUCGAUCGAUCCCGAACUUGCGGAUUUGCCGCCGUUACAGCCGCCUGUGAUUCCCAGCACUUUUAUACCUACGAUUCCUCCACCAGCGCCACCAUCCAAUUCGGUUCUACAACUCUUCCCCCAGCUCCACCAGACUGCAAAGACCCAGGCAGAGGCCCAGCAUGUUCCCGCGCAAAAUUCGCACCCAGUGAAUACGCAGUCGAUGCAAAGUAGUCCGAUAGACCCGAUCCAGCAACUGAUGCAGCAAAUGAGCGGCAUGCGAAAUUUGCCGCCAAUGCCGCAGGCUCCAAUAGCUCCAAGUCCACCACAGCCUCAGCCCCAGUCUCAAUCUCAGCUUCAGGAUGAUAACCCGAUCAAACAGUGGAUGAGGCAGUUCAGCGCCCAGGCGCAGCAGCAACGGCCUCAGCCACAACCACAACCACCAAUAGAUUCUGUUUGGCAGCAGCCUGUUUUGAAUCCUAACACCUUCAAUCGCGUCCAAGACUGGGUUUCGCAAGUUCGUGGCGUUCAUCCAAUGCAACCUGCUGUAAUGCCUGGCGGAAAGUCAUUGCUAGAUUUUUAUAAAGAGAAGAUGAUGACCGAGCAACAAAUAUUGAAAGAGCAAAGACAAAUGGUGGAGGAAGAACAGCGUAAACUAAAAGAGCUAGAGUUGCAGCGAAUGCAACAGGCACGUGCCAAGCAGGAGGCGGAGGUUGAACAGCAGCGCAAGCAAGAUGAGCUGCGGAUGAAGCAAGAACGUGCCAAGCGUCAACAGGAGGAAGAACUAGCAAGACUGAAGGCUGAGGAGGCAGCCAAGCGUGAAGAGGCUGAGCGGAAAAAGCGCGAGGAGGAAAAGAAGCGCAAGGAGGAGGAAAAGCGACGACAAGAAGAAGAGCAACGAAAACAAGAGGAAAAACGACGCAAGGAGGAGGAAAGGAAACGUGAAGAAAAACGGAAACAAGAUGAAGAGGCCAAUAAAAAGAAGCAGGAGGAAGAGAAAAGAAAGCGUGAAGAGUUAAAGAGGCAGGAAGAGAAGCUUCGAAAGGAAGAGGAGAAACGCAAGAAGUUGGAAGAAGAGCAACGCAAGCAGGAAGAAGAGAGAUUGAGAAAAGAGGAAGAAGCUCGCAAAAAAGCUGAAGCUGAGGAGCAAGCAAGAAAAGCAGAACAAAGACGACGAGAAGCAGAAGCACUUCGAAAAUUGCAAGAACGCAGCAAAGCUCCUUGGGCUCAGGCACCACCUGCUCCCCCACCAACUGCUCAAGCUUCUCUAGCCGAGAUUCAGAGGCUCGAAAGAGAGAAAAAGGCUGAAGUACUGCGUCUUCAACAGUUGCUUCAACAACAGCAGUUGGCUCAGCAAAAAGCAGCUGAAGCAGCUCAGGAAGCUCUUGCGGAUUCUGCAAAACGCCUCCAAUUCAAAUGGGCCGAGAAAAGUGCACCUGUUAAUAACGUGAAUCGGGUGCAGAGCCUUGCUCAGAUUCAACAGGAAGAGCAAGAGCGAAUCGCUAAGCUUAAGCAAGAAAAAGAGCGACAGGAAAAAGAGAAAGCCAGUCACAAGGAGACCACAGUGACUCUUCAGAACGUUAGCAUUUGGGGAGCAGCAUCCCAAAGCUUGACCUGGUCAAGUACCUCGAACUCUGGUAAUCAAAUGUAUGGUUCUGGUGGAGGUGGUGGCUUCUGGGACGAGCCAGCUCCGAAGGUUAAUGCCCCUGUACCAAAGGCUUCUACUCCUAAAGCCCCGCAAAAGCAGCAACCUAAUAUGGUUAAGUCACCUGCUCAACAGCAGCAGCAGCAGCAGCAGCAACAACAACAACUACAACAACAACAACAACAACAACAACAGCAGCAACAGCAGCUACAGCAACAGCAGAAUAACAAAGUGGCUAAGAGUAAAAAUAAGAAGGACGAAGAAUUGGUGAAGAAGCUUUUCGAACAGAACACUGCCAAGACUGAUGAUUUUACCCAAUGGUGUAGCAAGACUUUAACUGGUCUUGAAGUCUCAGUAGAUAUACCUACGUUUAUUGGUUUCUUACGUGAUAUUGAAGCAGCAUACGAGGUUAAAGAAUACGUUCGCAUGUAUCUGGGCGACAGCAAACAAUGCUCCGAAUUUGCUAAACAAUUUUUGGAAAAGCGUAGCAAGUGGAGAUCUUCCCAACGACCUCAGACUCAAGCGGAUGACUUAUGUAAACCAGCUCCUGCUAUCAAUCCUAACACUUCUACAGAAUUUCAAGAAGUAAAGAGCAAAUCCAAGAAACCGAAGAAGGGUAAAAUGUUCAAAGUAGAUAGCAAAAUGCUCGGUUUUAGUGUCAUGUCUGCACCGGAUCGCAUCAAUGUCGGAGAUCGCGACUACGCAGAUAGCGUAUAAACAAGAGCUGAGUGGAUCUCAAACGUUCAUUUCAAAGAUACUCUUCUUCAUAUUUUUGGUUCGUCCCAAAUGAACUUUUUAUUUAUUUUUCUCGCAUCCUAUCCGAAGCAGGAUUUUAAGUUACUCGACAUGGAUACUCCGCUCACCAUAAGAUUUUCUGUGAAAACUUGUACGGAGACUCCCAAAUCUAUUCUUGGAUUUACAAAAAAAAAAGUCGAGAACUCGUAAAAUCUAAUCUUUUUAUUCUUUCACUCAGGCGACAAAAACGAUAUGAGAUCAUCUAUUAAGGCACAUGCAUAUGCCCAUUGAAUAUUGUUAAUUAGAUACAUAACGAAGCGUCGAUGAAAGAAAGUACACUUCUAGUUGAUAAGACGCUAUUUUCCUACUUCUCUAUACGAGUCUUUUUUCCUAUAAAAUUCAUCUUCCGUUCAUUACGCAAGAGUAUAUAAAUUUAAGUAAAUCAUUUAACUUUAUUAAACGUUGCAUACUUUUAUCAAAAAACUUAAAUGUGCUUUUUGCACGAAGAACUUUGAUACAAUUAUUUACAUACUCACAAAAGAGCAUUACUGAAGCGCUUAACCAUUAUUUAAAAAUAUUAAUAAUAAAAGUAAUUUCAAAAAUCAUACCUUUUUGAAAUUGCAACAAAUAUUUAAAAUUACAGCAAAAUGUUCUUCGUGCUCUUCUAAUUUAAUUAUCAAAAGGAAACCCCUAAUAAAGUAUUGAUAAAUAUUAUAUUUUCAUUAAGAAAAGAAAUCGUGAAAAUCUGACGAAAAAUAAAACGUUAAAAUACAUAUUUGAAAGAGCAUUUUGAUAAAUCCUAAUAAGAGUAAAAUAAAAUCAACCAUGUGCACCUUUUAUACACUUACUUAUACACUUGUACAAUUCUUGCAUACUGAAUUAUCCCAAAUGUUGCACAAAUGCUGCAUAUUUUGUAAUUUAUUAAUUAAAUCUAAAUAUUACAAUAUCUAUUUUACUCUUACUACGAUAAUGAAAUCUACUUUGCUCUUUCAUGAUAUUAAUUUUUUGUAAAUUAUUUAAAUUUUCAUUUUUCGAAAGUGAAAAAUGAUCAUGUGCAUGUCCCUGUGAACUCUUAAUUUGUUAUAAACAUUGUAGGUGCAUGAGCUGUGAGAUAAAGUUUAGAACUUGAAGUAAAAAAAGUAAUUUGCGUAAAUUUUUUCUUUUUUGAUUACUGUGACUUGUAAAUAUGCCGAUAAGUUAAAUCGACCUACUAAAAGUCGACAAAAUCAGUUUUUAUGGUAAGUAAAAGAGAAGUUAAAGACGAGCAUUUUCUGAAAUUCGACGGCUUUAUCACGAGCUGAAAAAUUCUCGUUGUAAACGUCGACUUUCGCCUCAAGUCUGUUCGUUUGUAAUGUUGUAAAGGUUGUUGAACCAAAGAUCGUUGAUUUUUCCAGUGACAUUUUGUUCAGAAAAAGCAAUGAUCUUUGACUAAGAAAGAUUUAUGUAAAAAACCAAUUGUACAAUAAUACAGUGAUGAUUAAACAGACGAGAAUGAAUAAUGAUUGAUAUUGUAUCAAUAUUAUCUUUAUUAUAAUAAUUAUGAAUAUUAUUAUUGAAUGUAACUUACAACAACAUGGCAGAAUAAACAUUAUUAUAUUUUCGAUCUGGA